AAACGAGAAUCAACAUGCGCUGUUGGAAGCGGACAGUACAAACUUCACAUUUCGCAUCUUCUGAAUGAAUAAGAGACACUCUUUUAGAUUUGGAAAUUUCUGUAUAAACCAUUAUAUCGUCUUUUAAUUGAUGAAGUGAAAUCCGGAGAUGCUUUACGUAGUUCAGCAGAAACAAUGUGGAUAAAAGUAGACGUUAGGGAGAGUUUAAGUUAAUUAACUGUCAGUGUGAUUGAUAGAUAACUCUGUUGCAUGCGUGACAUUAUUGAAAUGCGUAUUAGAACUGGCAAAGCCUGAAAAUGAUCGAUAAAUAAAAGGCAGUCAUGAAAGAUUUUCCAUCGUCUUCAAAAUUAAAAAAUAAUGUUCCGAAAAAGAAGAAAAGUGCUGUUCCAGAUGGGUAUGAGGCUAGGAUAAGAGAUAUUAAAAAAAGGUUGGAAUCUGAUAAAGAUUACCUGAACACUCCUCCUAAAAAACACUAUCCGAGUGGUUGCCAUGCAACAAGAUUUACAGCUUAUGGUGGAACAGUCAAAAGGGAAGGAUGGGAUGAAGAAGUUAUAUAUGGUACAGAUGAUGAGCUGGUAGAUGAUCUGGAUGCAGAAAUGAAAUAUUUAGAUGCUUGGGAAUAUAACCAUAGGCUUCAGACUAAUCAGGAUCCUGUUUUUGAAGGAUACGAUGAUAGUUAUGAACAAUUUGAAGAUAAUCUUACACAUAUAAUCAAACCUAAACAAAGGGAACCUAUUGGCUUUAGAAAAUCAUCCAAAGAUACAUUUCCAAAAGAAUCUGCAAAAAGACCACCACAUCUUGAUGCUGUGGAUGAUGGAAGUGAAUAUUUGGAUGGAGUUCUUUCAAUAGCUCCAGAUAAUCUUUUGAGUUCAACAUCAAAGAAAAAUGUGCCUAAGACGUCCGAAAAUAGGUCAAAAUCCCCCCAAAAGCAGAGUUCAAACCAAAAGACAAUGCCAAGAAGAAACAACAUAAAACAACCUGAAAUAAAUACUAAACCACCAAAAAUGAAUAAAACGAAACAUUCAAAUCCAAUGGUACUAGGGCUCUUGUCUCCAUCCAAGCAAACACAAACAGAGUUCUCAACAUUCCAAGAUGUGCCCACAUCUUCUAAAAAACAAUCUCACACCUCAAGUCUCAGUGUCUCAAAUAAUUUCGGUGGGAUAACAGAAGAUAUGGAAAGUUUUGCUCAGUCUUUAGAAGAUCUGGAUGAGGCUAUUUAUUUAAAUUCAUUAACUCGAAAGCACAGUCAUCGAAGACACUUCCAUGAUGAGUGUAUGGGGUCUUAUCUUCCCAAUCAAAAAAAUGAACCUCAAAGCCACAAUCUUGCAUUUUCAUCUAAAAACACAUCUGUAUCAAAAGAACGUAAUAAAACAAGUGAUCACAAAGUAAAAUCUGAACCCUCACCACGUUCUCUUGUUAGAUCUCGAAGAGAAGAUUUGGAUUUUGUUGCCAUUGAAUCAAAAAAUAAUGUCCCGGAAAAUGUAAAUAAUUCUGGGAAAUUCCGAAUUUCAGUUUGCAGCCAUCUAAUGGAUGAGCAAAGACAUAGUAACACAAAGUCAGAAUCACAACCUUUUUUCCUAACAGAAUCUCUCGACCGUGUCAAUCACAAGGACAAACCUCAAGCAGAUGGAGUAAGAAAGAGACUUUUUGAUUCAGAAUUCAUGGAAGAAAGAUCGGCAAGCAGAAGAGAUCCAUCAAAGACCUUUAAUUCAGAAUCUGGCAAAUGUUUCAAAAGUCCAAGGUUAACAGAUGGAACUGACAUUUUUGCAACUUCAUUGGAAGAGCAGUCCAAACUUCGAAGUUCUGGAGAAGUAUCAAGAACUAAACGAUUAUCCAUCACUGAAAAUAACAGCAUGUCUCCAAGAAGUGAAGAAACUUUAUUUAACAUUUCUACUGAUUUCGCGGAUAAAAGACUUAAACAGAGUAAUCUUUAUCUUGAAGAUUCACUGGAAAAAUAUUCUCCUAGAUUAGGAAUAAUGCAUGAUAAUCAUAUUUUUGAUUUGGAAUCUUCCCGUGUUGAAAAGCGUGGAUCCAGUCUUAUAAAUAAAAUCCAUCAAAAUUCUCCAAGUGCUAUUACUGAUGAUGCAGGUCCUAUGCCUUUGAAAGAUCUGGAAAGCAUGGAUGACAAAGUUGCAGAUGCUACUGUAAAACAACAAAGUAUUCAAACACUGAGAAAUAAAACAUCACCCAGAGAAUCUAUUUUUAAACAUGAAGACAAAUGUGUACAUACAUGCAUACCAAAGUUAGAAUUACAUAGAUCUCCAAGAGAGGGUUGUACUUCACCAGUUAACUCAGACCGCACAUCACACGUAAGCAGAAACAAGCUAAAUGAAAUCCUUUCUUCAAGUUCAAAGUAUACAAGACAUUCCCCUUCACCAGUAGUAUCUGGUCCACAAAAUGAUGUUCAAAUGGAUUGUGAUUCUUAUCAUGGUGGAGAUUCAGUAACUAAAAAUACUUUCUUACAGGAUGUUAAAGAUUUUCGAGAUAAUUUAUUUGUUUCUAAAUAUUGUAACUUUGAUACAGAUCAAAGUAUUUUUGAUACAGAAAGUUGUGAAGAUGUUUCCUUUGAUUUAAGUCGCAUUGACGACUGUAGUUUUGGACCAUGGGAAGUGGAUUCUAGGAGUCGAAGAGAUGUAGAAAAACUAAUUAUCAACAGACGCAAUAGUACAUGUAUUCAGUCGGAUUCUAGUCCCACAAAGCAAUCAAAUAAGCAAAAUAGGAUAGAUACAUGUAAUAAUUAUCGCCCAUCUUAUCGUUCAGCAAGAACAUGUUCAAAACCCAGUGAUGUGUCGUCAAAGUCUGUUCACACAAAAUCGCAAGAUCCCCAAAAAUGUCAUCCAAAAAAUAAUUCCCUCCAACAAAACGAUGUGUCUUCAAAGUCUAUUCACACAAAAUCUCAAGAAUCUCCCCAAAAAAUUAUUCUGAAAAAGAAUUCCCCCCAACAGAAUGGUGCUGUUAAUUUUGUUCAUGUUCAAAAAAUGCAAGAUGAUGUGUUGAAACGACUUCAUCAUUCUGAUAACAUUGAACAUCUAUUAGAUAUUGAACAUUCAACACGUUACAAAAAGUCUACAGGAAAUGAAAAAGAUGUCCAUCCUUCAAAGAGAUUACUAACAGAAGCAUCAAGUACCUCUGAGAGUAAUAAGUUAAAAACUUUAAAGAGCACAAUGCCUUCUAAAACGGUUACAAGGGACAGUCUAUCAAAAAUUAUUAAACAAACCAUUCCUAUCACUAGACCAGUUCAAGUCAACUCUUUAAAUAUUAAUCAAUCCAUAAUGAACUUCAAAAAUGGAGAAAACCGUGAUACUGAGGGACCUCUCACCAAACAGCAAUCAAAAUGCAUUGACGCAUACGUGCCUUCCAAAUUGCAUAAAUGUUCCAGAAAUCUUGCUAAAUCUAGUCAACGGCACUCUGUCUCACCUACCUCAAAGAAGAAAAGAUUGGAGAGUGAUAAUGAUUUUCUGGAUUUUGAAGAGAGAGGGAGAAAGCUGGAUGAAAUUAGUGGAAUACUGUCUCAUAGUCUCAACAAACAAUCAAACACACAGCGAGAAAGUCUUAUUAAGCCUGUAGAAUUUAGAUUUGGCCGGUUAUACAAAUGUACAAGAAACAGUAAGAAACGUGAAGAUGUUGAAAAACCAUUUAAAAAAGAGAUAAAGGGAACGCGACUUGAUAAUGAUGUAACAAAUAGAAGAUAUAGAUUUAACCCUAACAGCCUUUUAGUCAAAAAUCAAGAAUUUGAUAUUAAAGCUUCUCGAAAACAUUUAUCAGAUGCUGUGGAUGUUGUUAAUGUAAAUAACCUGAACUUUAACUCAUCACUUCUCCAUGAACAAUCACAAGAUGAUGAAACUGCAAGCAAUAGUAUUGUUGAAGACAUGCAAUGGUUGUCUACGGCAUUGGGUGAAAGGUAUCAGAAUAGACAUGGUUACAAAACAUCAACUGUUCCAGAUGGGAGAGAGAAGGAAAAUAGAAUGGAAUUAUCGUCUGGGUCUGAUUCGGAUGUUCCAAAGAAACUAACUAUGUCGGAUCUGUACACUCCUGUUACUCAAUUAAUUACGGAUGAAAUUGAUGAGAUGCCAAUGAGAAAAGAACCUACAGUGUCUGAAGACGAACAGUUGCCAAUGGAAACAGUAUGCAAGAAUCUAAUGAAUAAGAAAAAACUUGAAAAUGAUCUCUCAGCAAGUAAUAAAUUAGAAACUGGUAAUGUCAAUGGCAGUCUUAUAAAAGAUACAAAACUAACCAAUGGAUUUGUUAAUAAGAUGCCACAUGAUCAAUUGAUAUCGUCACAGCCUAUGAUGGCAAUCCCUAACAAGGUUUCUACUGGUCUGUCACUUCCGUGUAGAUCUAGUACACCAUUUAAUUCUGUAGAUGUUAUACUGUCACAUUUAAACAACUCUGAUUCUAUCAACUUAUUACAAAGGUUAUAUCAGGCUGAUGAUAAAACUAGAGAUGAGCUCAUGAUAAAGGCUGAGUAUUUUAAAAGAUGGCAGAGAAAGAUACAUGAUGUACAACAUGAUAGACUUAUUUAUGGACCUACAAGAGCCAGAAUUAGAAAUUUUUGUUUGAAUAACCUGGUAAAGAAACAUUUUACUGAUUGGAGAAAUAAAACAGAGGAAUUAAUGGCAGAAAGAAAAGCUGAUGAGUUGUAUAGACAACAUAUGUUAAAGAAAGGUUUAGAUGGUUUUAAAUGGGCUAUUUAUAGAUCUCAACAUUACCAUGACAUAAUGAAGUCACGAACACAGAGUAUUUUGUUAAACAAGUUGUUUAUAAAGUGGAGAACCAGAGCAUAUAAUCAAAGACAGAAUAGAUUAGUGGUACAUUUUAUUGGUUGGCAUGAUUACACGGAAGAACAAAAACGUGCCAGAUCUUUUUGUCAAAAUUUGAAGCUUAAAUUAAUAAGAAAAUCUUUUACCAAAUGGAUUCAUCGUUAUAGUCUAAAAUUGAAAGAAAAUAAAGCGGACCGGUUUGCCAGACAAUCAAUGUUGUCCCACUCUCUAAUUGUGUGGAAAAUGUUCUCUAACUCUUCACGAAUUAAAAAACAACGAAACAAGCAAGCAGAUGAUCUUUAUAAACGAAACCUGGAGAAGAAAAUAUUUGAGAAGAUGAUCAUUAGUUAUCAACAAAUACAGAAAGCAAAACUGUUUCAUAGGGUACAGGUUUUGUCGUGUGCUUUAACCAACUGGCAGGAAGGAGCUGUUAUCAGUUACAAAGAACAAGAAACUAAUUUAAAGAUCAGCUUACAUCAUUGGAAGGCUAAAACAACCAAAUGCUUCUUUUAUUUAUGGAAGGAAGCAUGGAAGACGAAACAAGCUGUUAGAAUGGAUAAACUUUUCACAGAAAGAAAUUGUUUCUUAACCUGGAAGAAGGUUUGGUUAACAAGGUUACAAAAACAGAAAGAAAUAGAAAUUUGUCUGUCCUCGCAGAAACUUUCUCGUCAUUUCGUUGCCUGGAAAAAUCUGGUCAGAAGUCAAAAGGAAAAGCGUGAAAAAUUAACGUGUCAUAUAGAAGGUGUUUUAUUACAAGUUCGACUCAAUGACUGGUAUCAAUAUACUCGUUAUAAGAUAAAUCUCAGGUCAAAGUGUGAGUCCUUCCGUAGAAAGAGUGACGAUACAUUACAGCGAGAAUGUUUUAUUAUUUGGUUAGAGAAGUAUUUGAAACAUGUUAGUGAGGAACAAGCCAGACAACUAUGGUCAGAUACGUGUCUUAGAAAAUCAGUAGAAAAAUGGAAGUUAAAUUGCAGGAAUACAAGAUUAAACAACUUAUUGGUUGAAACAGAACCUGAUAGAGAGUUAGCUCUUGUUAAAGCCAUGUUUAAGAAAUGGCAGAUGGCUAAGGCUAAAAUGGAUCAAGAGAAAUUAGAAGCGGCAGAAGUUCGUAAACAGCUACAGAAAUCAAAACUGCAAAGAACCUUUCAGAUCUGGAAAACAGCCAUGAUGCAAAUUAUAAAAAUACAACCUAUGAUAAAGUCUCGACAUACCAGUCUUUUAAAACAGUGUUUUCAAUCUUGGCAUAGUCUGGUCGAACAUAAAGUCAAAUGUUAUGAAAAUCAAAAUGAACUAAUCAAAGAAAGACAACGUAAAAUAUUCUGUAUGUGGAAACGUCAGUAUGAAAUAUGUCAAUUAGAGAAACAAAUUAAGAGAGUUAGAAUGGAGAAAUUAACUCACGUCUGUUUAACAGAAUGGAGAAAUAUUAUCAAACGUAAACAAACAGCUGAUAAAUUUCAUAAAGAAUAUCUCCAAAAAUGUUUGUUUGAAUACUGGAAGUCUCGAACAACUACACAGAUUCAUGAUAAAAUACAAGCCAUUGAAGAACAGGAAAAUAACGCAUCUCUGAAGAAGUAUUAUUUUAAUCUAUGGUUUAACAAUAUACUUUGUGAGAAGAGAAAAGAAGAAGAUAAAAUUGUUACAAUACAACAACAACAGAGUUAUAGUCGUGUUAGACAUAGCUUCUAUACCUGGAAACAUCAACUUCAUAUAACUCUUAUAGCAAGAGUAUAUCAAAGAAGUUUGAUGGUAAAACAACAAAGGAAGAUAUUACAGGCCUGGUGUGAUACAACAAACUAUUCUCUACAAGACGCUGUUACCCAGUUCUCUCUUAGACUUGGUCUUCCAGUACAAGAUACAGACCAGACAUCCAGCAUGUCAGACAUGUCCUUUGAUAGGUACAGUAUAAGAAGUGGUGAUAGUGUUACAAGUUGUGGUGAUAAAACGUUAAUUGAUAGUCCUAGAUCCUGUUCUACCCAAAUUACUUGUACUUCAUUAAAUAGAUUGUUUGCUGGAUUAGCUGGUGAGACAUCUCUAGAUUUACAGAAACUAGAUUUAGAUAAUCAGAGUCUACUUAGUGGAAUAGAGUCAGCUAUUUAUGAUGAAAGAGAGGCCAAAAUACAGAGACUACAGGAAUUGGUGAGGAUAUUUGUGGUCAGAUUUUCUAAUUGGCCAGUUAGUAUAGUUUUCGACCAAUGGAAAGAGUUUGUGAUACGUCAAAGAGAAUUAAAAGAAUAUGCCCAGCAAGUAGAAGAACUUAGUCAAUCUGUGAAGCUGAAACUUGCUUUUAGAGCUUGGAAGAAACAAUUUUAUGGAAUGGAAAAGGCUAAAAACUUCCGAAAUAAAGUUGUAAUGUCUAGUGUAGUUACAACAUUGAAAGAUUACCAGAAGAAUAGACAGACUAAAAAACAGUUAUCAGCUCUUGCCUUACGUCAUCAUAUGAUAACAGUGAUGAAGAAAAUUUUCCCAGUCUGGGCUGAUAAGACAAAGGAAAAGCAACACAAAGAAAAUAUUCUUCAUCUAUGGACAACGGCAACAGUCGAAGAGCAAACAUUAUUUCCAUUAGAGAAGAGCUUUACAUCAAAGUUAAACAAACGAUCUCUUCGAUUAUGUUUUUCUAUAUGGUUGGUGAAAUUCCAGUUUAGUAGAAAAAUUCAGAAGGCUUAUCAUUUAGGAAUUCUUCGGAGAACUUUGACAGAAUGGAAAAAUUGGGCUCAAGAUAGUCAAGAAAGAAAGAAGAAAUGUCAGCAAUUUCAGAGAAAGCACAUUCAACAACAGAUGUUUAAUCUAUGGAAGAUAAAACUUCAACAGAAGCAACAAGUGGAAGAUAGAUACCAGACUGCAUGGACAAAUUAUCUUGGCUUGAUAUUCUCAAAAUGGCGACAAUGGGCUAGAGGUAACCACCGUGAUAAAGAUAUUGGUAAUCAAUUAAUAAUGAGAUCUAACAUUAAUAGAUUACAGUACAGCUUUAAAUAUUGGCAUAGUUUAACAAUUAAAUCUACACAAGUUAGAGAAGCACACAGUAGAUACUUAGCUAAAAGAACACUACAUGGUUGGCAAGAAGUUUCUCAGGAAAAGAAAGCAGAAAGGAAAACAAUUUUACAAUUUCAAGUUCAGUCUUAUACAGCUUUGGUUAAGAGAUUGUUUCAAACUUGGAAAGAGAAGUAUCAAUGUCGAUUAAACCAACAUGAAGAAAAGGAGAAAAAUAUACAAAAUAGAGCUUUAGAUAUUGGUAGAAAAUGGCAUCAAAAAGCAAUGAAAAGUAGAGGUGUACUCUUUAGUAGAGAAUUAGAGAAACGCAAGCUUGUGAGUUAUUUUGGUAAAUGGAAAUCAGCUAAUCAACGAGUUAUUCAUCUGAAUAAUGUAUUAGACAAGUAUAUAGGUGAUAGAAAUAAUGAUUUAGUUAGUAGAAUGUUAGAUGAAUGGAAGAGUAGAAUGUUAUUAAGCCAUGUUGAUCGUAUUCAUGCAGCUAAACUACAAGUCACCAUGUUUACAGAAUGGCACUUAUGGGCAACAGGUGUGAAAGAAAGAAGAAUUCGAGCUUUGGCCCUGAAGAAGGCCUUAGAGGAGAGAUCUCUUCAUUUGUAUUUUAAACUCUGGAAAGGAAAAACGCAAGUCAAUCAGUCAGUUCAGCAACAUUACAAUACCAGGCUUCAAAUCAAAAUGCUACAUUCCUGGCACAUCCAUGCUCAAAAGAAGAAAACAUUACAAGCUAACUACAUAUUAAUGACGGCUAAAGUGAGACGGAAUAAAAUUUCAAAGACAUUCCAUCUAUUACGAAAUCGCUUUGAUUAUUGUCAAGGAUUGAAUGAAAUAGCCAGUAGAAUACAGGUAGAAAGAAAGCAAGCAUCUCAAAGACAGUCACUACUUAUCUGGCAUAAUAAACUUGACCACAUCAUGUCACAAAGAUGUUAUGGCAAGUUUCUAGCCUGGCGUGUGGCCAGACAAUGGCGUAACUUUGUAUGCAGUAAGAAAGCUCAACGACAGAAGGAAGCAGAUCAAGAAGAGUUAGCAAUUAAACAUUACAACAAUCUUUUAUGCAAAAUGGUUUUUGAGGCUAUGAAGACUGAAAGAUGUGUUACACAACAGAAAGAAAGACAUAAGGAAAGACUUGUAAAUAAAUAUGGUCGAUUGUGGAAAUGGAAAGUAGAUUUAGCUUACACUGCUAAAUGUGUGAGAAACGAACGAUUAAUAAAGAAAUUCUGGUUAAACUGGAGAGUUGAAUAUAGUGAGAGGAAAGCAGCAACAAAGGUGCAAUCAUUUUACAAGAGACAGCUCUUAGCGCAGGUUUUCACAAGUUGGAGAAACUUGAAGAGGAAGACAACCAAAUCAUCUAUUCCUGUACCAGUAUCUACUAAUAGUAUCAAAACUUACAAUAAUGGUUAUGAUUCUUCCAGGGAUUGUGUUAGUCCAGUCUUUACUAAAAUCAACCCUAAAGAUAUGUACGGAAUAUACAGCUAUACUUCUUACAAUAAACAAAAAUCAGCAGUCAUCACCUCUAAGUCAGUAAAUAGUUCUAUAAAUGGUCUAACCAAAUCUAAUAUACGGAAAAUUAUUUCUCGACCAGAUAAGUUAAAUAGUAAAAUACCUUCUUCAUUGAAGUAGUGUCUCAGUUUUAUUUAUAUAUUUAAGUUACUUAAUCCAUUAUAUUUUUAUUCUCUUUCUUUAAACGGCAACAGAUCUCAAUGUUUACUGCAUGUAUGUUAAGUAUAUCAUAGCAAUUCUAUUAUUUCUUAUAUAGACCAAAGACUAUAUUGUUAUGACAUUUGUAGACAGAUUUAUUACAAUAUUGAAUGUGACACCGUUGUUUGAUUCAAGAUCUCUGUCUAGGAAGUUCACUUCAAAGCAAACUACAAUAAUUUGUUUCUUUAAUACAAAGUGUUAACAAUGUUCCCUCCAUCGUUUACAAAUCAAACUGCAAUAGCAUAAUAUUAUCCAAGUAUUUCUUUACAAACCGUCCUUCUUUAAAAGCUUUAAUUAAAUUUAUCAUACAUUAUCUAAACAUACAUGGAUUGGUAAAUGCUAAACAUAAAUAUAUUAAUGUAUGAAAAUAAUGGUAAAGACACUAUUUUAAAGUACCUCACCCUAUUUUGUUUUUUCAAGUUCCAUUUAAGCUGUGAAAACAAUCCAAAUACAAGCAAACUAAGAGAACUUCAAACACUUUUUUUCAGGUUUGGCAUAAAACUAUUUUCAGGUUAUUUGUGUCACAUUUCAUCUAUUCUAACUGAGCUUUACCAUUUCUUAAAUAUAUUUUGUACAAUGUUUGAAGUGAAAUAUAAUCUUGGGUAACAUACUUAGAUCAUACCAUGACAUUAUUCUUAACAGUAAUUUGUAUAUGAAAUCCAUCAUCUAUUUUAAUGUAAAUAUAGUACGUACCAUAAUAUUAAUUAUAUACUAUGCUUUUUGUUUGUUUUACUUUUAUAAGAUUUUUAUGUAAUUGUAGCCAUUACUUCAUGACAUUUAUCUGUGAUAUCAUUUUAGUGCCAAAUACUAAUUCUUCGUUAGUUCUCAUUCUUGUAUUUAUUAUUGUAAUAAACUAGAUAACCAAAUGA